AGACAACAAAACCAAUUUCCACAAAACUAUGAGGAAAGGGGAACAAUAACACACCAAAAAAAAAAAAAGAACUGCACUAUGAAACAGCCCAAUGACAUAGGUUACAGUUUGCUUCCUACCUGAUGCAAAAGAAAACAGAUUUGCUUGUAUAUAUUACAUCAAUGUACUAGAGCAAACAGUGCAAAAAUGACUUGACCAGCAAACAAUGAAGCCACAAAGACCGAACAAAACCAGGAAACAUGUACAAGCAAUUGAUGAGACAACAAGAAACACCUAGACAAGUUGCUAAGGGAUUUGAUCGGAAGAUACAAGGGACCCGGCUGGUGAAAACAAUGACAUAACCAACAAACAUAGAAUGAUCUCACAGAAAACAAGAACUAAAUAAAUCUCAUCAAAGCCAAAUCAACAAAACCACAGAUCAUGAACGAGGAAGACAUUUCUUUAGAAUAAGCGAAAUACGGCACUGUCAGUGUCCAGUCAGCAUGCCUUUGUUUUUAUAGAAAGAAAAAAAAUUCCUCCACUCAUUGUUAAGUUUGUUAUUGUUCUCCACCAUUUCUGGCCAUAGAUGAAGGGACCCAAUCAAAUGUGCGCAAAGGCUCACACACAAAGUGAGAUAGCAAAGAAAACACAGAGCACUAUCUACCUACCUGGAAUGUACUCAUACAGCGACUGAAGCGUUCCAAGUUCUGACUGAACUAAUGGACAAGUAAGACAUAAAAAGUUUCUUCUCAUCCAUCACCAUGAGCACCAAGUGGUCCCUCCUGCGGCUGCUGGCCAUGGUCAUCAUGCUCAUAGAUCUAACUCAAAGCUUCCAACCACUCUCUAUACUUAACGGGAAGUCCACCUCGCACCGUGAAAUCACCAUAAGGGCAAUUCUCCGAAAGACAGCCGAGGUCUGUCGAGACAUUGCUGCUGCAGCGGGACAGGAAUUCAGUCUGACUAUUGAUGACAGUCUAACAGCGGAACGAGUGCACAAGGAAUGCUCCUCGUCAACAAGCUCUUCAAUCCUGUCAAGUAUCUUUUUUUCUGCUUCCAUUGUAUCGAUUUACUUGAACAAUGCAAAUGUGGAUUUAGCGUAUGCACUCAGUGGCGAGCAUCAUUUUGAUAACGAGGCCUUCCAGGAAGGACGAGACUUGAUCACACAAGGUAUGUCUGCUGUGAAGGCACGCAUCAAACAGGCAAAUUUUAUCGCAGGCCGUAAAACACUUGGACAACUAUGUCACACUCUGCAGGACUUCUAUAGCCACAGCAACUGGGUAGAACUGGGGAACACGGAUCCUUACAAUGCUCUCAUCAAACCUGACCAACCUUUUGAGAAUCUGGCAGGGCCAAAUGAUCCCACGUGUAGAAACUGUGCAGGAGAGAAUUGUGACAACAACCUUUUGCCUAAUGUGCUGAAAAAGAGGCUACUCACCUCUGGCUACUUCAGUGUCUUCUUCUCGAAAAAGCCAAAAGGCAAAUGCAGCCAUGGAGGUUUUUUAGACCAGACGAGCAAGCAGGAGCCAGUGGGGGGCAUUAAUAAGGAUGACAUUGGAUCCAGUCAUGGCUCACGUCACAGUCAAGCAGCCAAUUUGGCUGUGACUGCUACUAUGGAUCUUCUGGAGGACAUCAGACUAGCUGUAGGAGACGAGAACUUCCUUCGGCUUAUGGGUCUCUCCCAAUUCUCCGUGCUGAGUUUUGUUAUCGACACAACAGGCAAUACGAGAGACGGCUUAGCCCAAGCUAAGACACUUGCUUUAAACAUUAUCGACAGCAGGAGAGGAACUCUGCAGGAGCCACCGGCCUACACAUUGGUUGCUUUCAAUGAUCCAGGUUUUGGACCCCUGAUAGCAACAGCAAAUGCAGACAAGUUCAAAGAAAAGAUCAACGCCCUGAUUGCCGAUGGAGGAGGUGACAACCCAGAGCUGAGCUUGUCUAGACUGCAGCUUGCCCUGACCGCGGCUCCGCCUUCAUCUGAGAUAUUUGUCUUCACUAAUACUCUAGCAAAAGAUGCACACUUGAAAAACACAAUUUCUGCCCUUAUUGAGACCACAAAGUCAGUAGUGACUUUCCUGCUGACAGAUGUCCUACCCCAUAAGCGCAAAAGAAGCCUUAGGGAUGUAUUGCCUCGGGUUUUGAGCCAAACAGAUGCUCAGCUCUACCAUGACCUGGCACAAGCUUCUGGAGGUCAGGCCAUUAAGGUCAGCAGGUCAGAUUUUGCUCUGGCCACAAGUGUUAUAAAGGACUCUUCGGCCAGUACUACGGUGAUAGUUUUUCAAGGAGUGAGAAAUCCCGGAAGGCCUGCUCUUUUUAUGUUUGAUGUUGACGGCUCACUGACAAAUAAAACUAUCUACGUCACAGGGACCUCAUCUCUCGACUUUAAUCUCAUCAGCCCAACAGGUGUAUCUCAGAGCUCCAGUGAGUUAAGUGGCCCACUGGCUUCUUUGAGCAUGGUAGGUAACCUGCGGCGACUGAGUCUCAACAAUGACACUGAAACAGGACUGUGGCGAAUGUCUGUAGACUCUAAUGACCCCUACUCAGUUAAGGUCACAGGUCAAAGCCCAGUUAAUUUCAUCUACAACCUUGUUGAAACCAAUAAAGGACUCCAUGCAGACGUUUUUCUAAAGGAAGGACGUCCUCUUGCAGGUGAGAAUGCCACCCUGUUGGUCACAGUGACAGGAAGUGACAGUAUACAUGUCACAGAGGUCACACUGUGUGACAGCUCAAGCCCAACAGAGGUCAACGGAACAUUGCAGUCCUUAGGAGGUUCCAACUUCUUGGUGACAUUUAUUGAACCUCCAAGGGGUAAUUUUGUUGUUCGACUGAGAGGAGAAGACAGCAGAUUAUCCUCAAGGUCAACUGCAAGAUGGUUCCUGAGGCAGGCCUCUACUCAGAUUAGAACUUCAAGCAUCUAUGUGACUGCUCAAGCCAACAGCACCAAUGUAGAAGCAGGCUCUACCACCUCCAUCCGUUUCAAUGUCACCACUGCCAGUGGAAUUGGGGCAUUCAUGGUCCGUGUCACCAAUGACCGCGGCUAUAACCCCACAUCACCCAACUCUGUCACCUUAGAAACGCAUAGCGGAGGGAACGCCAACGGCAUUGUGACCCUCACUGCUCCUGACGGUGCAGCAUCAGGAACAGAAGUGACACUUAAGAUUGAGGUGGAAGACGCAGCUGCCACUGAUAUCAACUAUGUUGUACUUAGGUUUUCAGUUACUGAUAAGGUAAGAGAAAAGCAAUAAAGGUGAUUUAAGAGUCUGAUAAACAGUGGGUUUUUUUGUUUUUUUUUUUAAACCUUGACAUCAGUUCUUAUUUGUAUCAAUCUGGCUACAAAUGAAUCAAUCCCACCCUGUUCCAAAGGGGACUGAAAACGUAAUCUAUUCAGAAAUAUGUACUUAUAAGCUUUCAAACCGCUUUUUUUUUUUUAUCCUGACUCCCGAGUGUGUUUUUUUUAAACAGUUGUCUGUUGUAACCACUUCUUUUAUUUUUUGUUUUAAAUCUCUAGCACGGAGAUGUAUUUGAAAUGUAAAGUGUAUUACAAACAUAUGGGGAAAGCCCUGUUUAAAUUACCCACGCCUGGCAACAAACAAAUCAGUGUGAAAAUGGGUAAAAAGAGUAAAAUGAUAGCCAUAGUAUUCUUUUGUUCACACAAGUUGCAAGGUCUUACCUUAGUAGCUUUUUCUGACAGUUUCCGCAGUAACUUCCGCUAAGGUAAGACCUUGCAACUUGUCUGAACAAAAGAAUACUAUAGCUAUCACAAAUGAAGACCUAACGAACACAAUCCAACUAAAUAAAAUAAUGAUGUAUGUACAGACCCAUUUCAGUUUGUAAACAAAGAUGCAUCAAUGAACUACUUUUUUUUUUUUAUUUGUCUUGCUUUGCUUAGUAAAACAAUAAUUACAAUAAAGAACCCAACGAAAUACAAUAGAUACAAUUGUCAAAGUGGAAGAACUCAGCAACUAUCAGAUGAAAAAUGUUUAGGGCGUACUGCACAAAGCAGAAACAGACAAGAAUACACAAAGUAGUUCAUUCAUCUUCUACUUUUUGGGACAGGCCCCAAUUGUCAAUGUAAGCACAAAUGAAAAGUGCAGCAGGAAAAAAAAAAAAAAAAGUUGGUCCUUCAGAAUGAAUUUAUCCUUCAAGUACAACCGCAAAAAAGGGGGAGGGAGGGGGGAA